UGCAUAUGAAUUAAUGCGUGAAAUUAUGAUGGAUGCUAUUAAUAAGGUGCAACGUUUGAAACUCAUCAAUGAUGAAGAAAUUGGACAAGAUGUUGAUGAGGAGUGUUCUCAAGAUAUAGUUCAUGAACCAAGUCAAGCAAGAACAAAAGGAAGGCCUAAAGUGAAGAGGUUAAAGCCAUCGAGAGAGAUCCGUAGAUGCCGGCCUAGGAAAUGCAAAUUGUGUGGAAAGCGAGGACAAAAUCAUGAUAGCAGAAAUUGCCCUCUAAAGUUGUCAAGUGAUUCAAUGGAACAAGAUAACAUUGAUGAAGCCACGGAUGAUUUAGAAGAUUCAUUUGAGGAAGAUGAAGUUCUCACUAUUGCGUGAAGUUUAAUCAAGG